GACGCACGGGGGGGAGGAGAGAGCAGCAUUGAAUGGUGUGAGAGAGUGUGGAGAAAAAGUCCGUUAAGAAAGAAAGAGAGUUUCUUCUUCUCCAACGUUAAUUCGUGUCAAAGCUUUUGCGGCGGAGUGAUGUCAAACAGCGACGAAGAUGCGGAGUGAACAGCUUCUGGACAGUUAGCGAAACUACUUGUUCAAAGAGGCUCCGGACGGGACGGUUAGUCGUUUUCCGGCGCAGAUUUCAACGGUCCAAGUUACUAGGAGCAACAGCGAGGUGUUGACGGUCGGUUUGGACGGUUGGCAGAGAAUCCGGGGAACCGGACCGAGAGCGCGCGGCGGCGGCGGCUCGUGAAGAGAGAGCCGCUGAAGCUACAAAAGUUUGCUGUGUUUCUUCACCUACUUUUCCCUGAUUGCAAACUAGAGAGAAGGGGGGAGGAAGAGGCCGAGACACUGACUUUUCUUUCCACAGGCAACUUUGUGGAAUUCAGCACCAACUUUAGCUUCUGGCUGCACGAAGCUAAAACAUGAAAACACCUGGAGAUAAUGGGAUCGCUUUCCCAGAAUGGGCUUACAAGCCGGAGUCGAGCCCGGGGUCCAGACAGAUCCAGCUGUGGCACUUCAUCCUGGAGCUGCUCAGGAAAGAAGAGUAUCACGAUGUUAUCGCCUGGCAGGGGGACUAUGGAGAGUUCGUCAUCAAGGACCCAGAUGAAGUGGCCCGGCUGUGGGGGGCCAGGAAGUGUAAACCCCAAAUGAACUACGAUAAGCUGAGCAGGGCUCUCAGAUACUACUACAACAAGAGGAUCCUCCAUAAGACCAAAGGAAAGAGGUUCACCUAUAAGUUCAACUUCAAUAAACUGGUGUUGGUCAACUACCCCUUUAUCGACAUGGGCUCCUCUGGAAGCAACGUCCCUCAGAGCGCUCCCCCCGUCCCAACCGGUGCCGGGACUCACUUCCGCUUCCCUCCCUCCACGCCCUCCGAGGUCCUCUCCCCUAACGAGGACCUGCGCAGCCCGGGCGGCAUGUUCAGCUCCGUGGCCCGGCGCAUGGCUCGAGGUUCCGUGAGCGACUGCAGCGACGGCACCUCGGUCAACUCCGAGAUCGAGGAGGGCAACACGGGAGCGGCGGAGGAGAGGGGGGAGAGGGGUGGAGGAGGAGGAGGAGGAGGAGGAGGACCUGGUGGUGGAGUAGGUUACCGGAGUCUUAUCCAUCCUCGCCUGUCUCAUGAGACCCUGUUCCGUUUGUAUGGAGGUCCAGGCAGCCACGCAGGGCACCAUGGCUCCCGAGGCCACACCGGGCACCGCAUCCACCCUGAUUCUCUCUCACCCUUCCCUGUGUCCCCGCUGCCAGGCCCGGUGGGAGCUGGCCUCCUCGCCCCUCCUCUGUCCCCAGCGCUCUCCAUGACCCCGACAUCUCACCUUCCCUACACCCCCUCACCCAGCCUGUCACCCAUGUUAGGCUCCCACUUCUCCUUCAACCCGGAGGACAUGAAGCGCUACCUGCAGGCCCACACCCAGUCAGUGUAUAACUAUGGCCUGAGCCCCCGAGCUUUCCUCCACUACCCCAACAUCGUCAUCCCGCAGCCCCAUAGGCCGGCUGCAGAGAAGGCGGGUCUGUCCGGAGAGAGGGGGGAGAGAGCAGAGAGAGCGGCGACAGCAGGGGGAGGAGAGAGGGGAGGAGAGCGACACCAUCAUCCGUCUCUGGCUCACUCUGCCCACCACCACCCACAUCCACCUCACUCUGCCCACCCUCACAUCCACUCUCACCCCAUGCAUCACCCUCUGCACCUGGGUGAGGAGUCUCAGCACAUGUCCCCCUUCAAGUUCAAGCUGCAGCCCCCGCCCCUGGGGAAGAAGCAGAGGGACUGUCAGAAACCCAGGCAGAGCUCGCUCUCCUCGGGAUCCGGAUCCAUGACGUCGACCUCCGGCCUCGGCUCCUCGCUGUCGUUCGGCAGCGACCUGAGCUCAGCCGGCUGCUCCGGACUCAUCUCCGCCUCCUCGUCCACGCAGUCCCUCAACAGCGCGGGACUCCCCAAGAUAAAGGUGGAGCCCAUCUCUGACAUCGAGUCGGAGGAAGAGGUGGAGGUGACCGACAUCAGUGACGAGGAUCUGGACGAGAGAGAUGAAGAAUUUAAACUCUUCUCCCCUCGCUACUCCAGAGCCCCUGAUCACCACCAUCACCUCCACCUCCACCACCACCACCUGGCAAACGGCUCAGCCGCGCCCUCACAUCACCCCCACGCCGAUGAAGACCUGGACGAAGACGUCUUCAAAGCCCCUGCGCCGCCUCCACCUGGCCUGACACCUUUCUUCACCUCUCAGCACACGGCACAUCGCACGCUGCUCCCCCUGAAGAGUGAACCGCUCGAAUCAGAGAGCAGCACACCCCCGCCUCAGACCAAGUGCAUCCCCCUCAAGCUGCGCUUCAAGAGGCGCUGGAGCGAGGACCAGCGCAUGGAGGCCUCUCAGGAGGAGUCGGACGACAAGAAAGUACGACCAGAGGCAGAGAGGGAACGGGAGAGGCAGAGUAACGGGAGGAUGGAGACAGAGGAGGACGGGACAGGAAGCGGAGAGGGGGACAGUCCUCCCCCGCUGGCGUACGAGGGAUCUUUAGCGACGCCGCUGAGCUCCGUGCGUAGGGUGAGCGCCGAGCUGCACCGCGCCACCGCUCAGCUGUCUCUGGAGAACAAGGACUGCUGAUGACACACACCGCCACGACACUACUGCUCCCGUAGCACUGGAGGUGGAGUAUGUAAAUGUGAGCCCCCUCCCACACUGACAAACUAGAUUCCUGAAACCUCCAGUGAACUGAGAGCACAGUCCAGCAAACACCUCAAACACGAUCUGACACCACCACUCCUCCGUCUGGACCAGGGCUCCAGUCCUCUUGGAGGUGAGACUUUAAAUCAGAGGGCGCCUCCGAGUCCACCUCCCACCUGGCCAGUGAAGCUGCAGACCCUCAACGCCCCAGUAGCACAGCUCACACCCCAUCCACAGGAUCAGCAGCCAAUCAGCACUUUUCCUCAGGAGGCACACACUCCCUUAAAGGAAUACUUCUCCCUCUGAAUGAUGUGUAUCAGUCCCUCACCCUGUGCUACCUUUAAUAUCUUGAAGAACAUGUUGUUUUUACUGCAUUUCUCCAUGGUGAAGGAAGAAAACUCCAGACUUUUCUCUGUUUUUGUGGAUUCCUCAUUUACCCUGGAGGAAAAGAAUUGAAGGUAAUACGCAGCGAGUAACUGGUAUUCAAAUAGUCAUUUUGUGGGUAAAGUGAUCCUUUAAGAACCUAUCAUCACACCUGGGAGGAGGACGUGCACACUCUCCCUCUAUGCUUCUUUUCCUAUAAGCUCACGGGACUUUGAUAAGUGCCUGUAUCUAAAAAACCCACAGCCCUGGAGUGACAUGGAAGACGAGUAAUCAAUCUUUCACUCAUGAAAACCUUGUAAAAAGUUUGGCCGACACUGAAAGAAAAUCAGAGAGGAAAAGACAGGAACGUGUGUCUCUGUGUGGCUGUCGGGUGUCCGACUCGUAAACCUGGCCCUCUCCACUCAGGGAACUAUUGCUGUACGUCUAUUGGAUCCAUGCACAAAAACACACACAAGCAAAAAAACACAGCCAACAGUGAAGGGACUCGCAGUGGAAGCUUUGGACUCUUAACGACGCAAACAUUCACACACACACUCCGGCACAGCAUUUUCUCAGAGCUUUUGACUUUUUAUAACCUUCCUUCUGUCUCUCUGCUGUCCUGCUGCCUCUCUCUCUCUUGCGGACCACCUGUGGAAACAUCAUGACUCCACUCUCAGAAAUGGUUUGAAGUGAGGAGAAUGAAGGAGUGCUACAGGGUAGAGAAAGGACUACUGAGGGGACCACGGGGGGGGUCCGCUAAAUAGCCUUCUCGCCUCACAUGUUGUGCAUCAUAGUUUCUCCUCGAGUCCCAGCUGCACAGACUCCUAGUUCACCAGCUAAAGCUCCUCGAACAAUCAUAGUGUUAAACUAAACCAGCAAACACACACACACACACACACACACACACACACACACACACACACACACACACACACACACACACACACACACGACACUGCCUUUAGCUCUUCAACAUGCUCCCUCUCUGUGUGUGUGUUUGUGUGGACCUCCAGCAUCCACAGAUCCUGAGAGCGUCUUAGGCCUCACACACACACACACAUACACACAAACACAUACACUCACUGCCUCUCUAUGCCUUGUUUUUAUAGCAUGUACAAAAGUGCAGCUCAGAACACACACACACACACACACACACACACACACACACACACACACACACACACACACACACACACACACACACACACACACACACACACAGACUAUAUCUUUAUAUAUUCAAAAUGAAAUUAUUAAGAUUUAAAUGAUUGAUUCAGGUUUUUUUGUAAGUGGAUUAUUUUGAGUGGUGUCAUGCCACUGGUAAGGUAAUAUGGUAUGGAGAAUGAAGAGGGGGGGGGGUCCAUCUUGUACAUUUGUUUCAUAGACCAUAACAGAAAAUAACAGCCAGACGACCAGAGCAAGUAAACAAGAAACAGGAUCUCAAACACACUGCUGAGGAUUCAGUGGUGUGGCUCACCCCCUCAGCUCUUUCCUGUCUCGGAUCAGUGUGUGUGGGGGGGUGCUCAGACUUAGGUCAAGGGUUAUACAGUAGUAAUCCCGUCUUUUCUCUUUGGCCACUUAGCAUGAUGCUCCUAAGUUCAUAGCCGCUCUGGAGUGGGGCAAGAGGGGGUUAAAGGGUUAAUCAUUAAGUCAGAAAGAUAGCCGAGAAAAAGUGGGUCAUGUCCUGGAAGACCCUCUCCUCAAACUCUGCACACCAACACAGACUAGAAGAGCGCAGACCUCCACCUCACAGUGUGCAUCUGGAUACACACAGUUUAUGAAUUGACAUUUUUGAAGUAGGUUAACUUUACAAAUAAUGACGGUAAAAGACAUGCGAGUAUAGAGUGGUGCAGGGAUAAGGCCAACACAGAAGUUGGCAUAGCAAGGCUUCCCUCGACAGAAAGCAAUGCGUUCUGUUCAUUGGAUUUUGGAUUAUGGCAGAAAAUAAGCUCUGUGGCCAACACACGUUUAUGUGUUUUGUUGCGCAGGAUAAUCAUUAAAGGAUAAUGCUUUUAAGAGUAAAAGCUAGAAGUAAAAAGCUACAGUUAGGCUAAGGAACUACGUCACAGUCACAUGACUUCACGUGGCCACAGCUAAGCUAAGUUUGGUAUUCUAAUGAACUCUCUUGUUAGCAGCCAUCGUUUUAUGACACACAGAAGCUUCAGACCUUUAAGAGAGGGGUAAAACCCUACUGACAUACUCAUUUCUAGACCAACAUUUUAAAAUCUUAAGCUAUUGUAUUUCAGGUGUCUAACCAAAGACACACUUAAAACAUCAACUUUUAGACGUGCUGAAAUGCUAAUUCAUUUCCAGGUUUUAGGACUCAUUCCUGCACCACUCUAUUACCCUGAUUGAAUUGGAUCCUCAUUGACCCCUUCACUAAAUCAGGCCAGUAGAUUUCUGCAAUCCUGCUGACAGACAAACCAAAAACAUCCUCGGCCGAGGUUAAUGAUUCAUACCUGUGUGAUUGUGUUUUAACAUCCUGGAGCUUUUCGUGCUCGCAGCGAGUCGUCUGAUUGGUUAACAGCCUGUCCUCGCCUGACCGGUGACAGGACGGAUCUAUAGCAGCGAGCUGUGAGAUAGAUGGCCUGCAGGUGCUCUGUGUAGCCGAGCUGAUUGAAUUUCCUCAUCAGACCCCUGUGGUCUGGACUGCAGCAUGUCACAACACACACACACACAAACACACACACACACACACACACACACACACACACACACACACACACACAACCAGUCCUGUGUCUGUAUAUGAACUGACAGCUGCCUUAUUACUACUUCUCAUAUCUGAGCAACAGAUGAGGCAUCAGUCCUACCUGCUCUGCACUCUCUCUCUCCUUUCUUUCCGUUUCAUUUUCUCCUCGCUCAGGCGUCGUCUCGACCUCCUGCUCUGACUCACGACGAGGUGCAACGAUUGAUUGUAACGCAGGCGCUCUCACUUCCUGUUUCGGUCACACGAUGGGAGACAAAACAGCACAAACAUUUCUUUAUCAAUGGAGAAAAGGUUUAUUUUUCUGAGGUCGAUAUUGCUAUUGUUGUUGUUAUUAUUGUUCUCAUUGGGUUAUGUACCUCUCUCCACAUGGCAUUAUUAUUAUUAUUAUUAUUAUUAUUAUUAUUAUUCCAUGGCUCUGUUAGCUGUUGCUUUUUAUGUUGAUGAUGUGGAAAUACCCCCCAAACUCCAUUCCCUGUUUCCAGCCCCCCGUAAAAAACCAGAGACCUGUUUUCUUGUCUUUAGUUUUCACAAAUAUAAUAUAACUAAACAUGUGUAAUGUUGAUUUUAAUGCUGACAGAGAAGUAACACCGGGGCGGCGGCGGAGGAUUUUAUUUAGGGGGCAGAGGGGGAGUCAUUUUAUCUUUUUUGUCAUGUAUUGUAAUUUUUGUUUUAUAAUGUUACCUUUUUCUCUCUUUGCUUCUGUAUAUUUUUUCAUUUUUGGGGGGAGGGAGGGGGUUGUAUCAUUUUAAAAGAAGAAAAUAGAUGUGUAUUGUUUGACUGUGUAAAGGUCUCCCUCUUUCUGUCUCCCUUCUUCCGCCUCGUCUCCCCUGAGCAGUUACGUGACACUCACGAUGAGAGGUGAGAGUUAACACCAUGAUGUAACGUUGAGUUUUCUCCACUUCUUUUUGUGUUUUGUUUUUUUUUCAAACUUGUAAUUAAGCUGUAAUCAGGGUUAAUUAAAACCGGUUGAAACCCAA